GGAGAUAAACUUUAUGGGUUCAAAAAAAUAAUUUUCUACGCGCUUGUAUUCGUGCGCACAUCUUUACGAUUAUGAUACCCACACUUAAACUAGUGUUUUUAAUGUGUACAGGGUAUAAUAAAAAAAACUAAAAUUACAUUCAUAAGCUCUACAAAAGAGUCACUGACACUUGGAAAAAACACGGCAACUUCAACAAGAGGCGAUCAGCUUCGUAUUUAAUCUUGAACUUGAAAACGAGUUUUGGGAAUUCGUGUGAGUGGAGUAUCGGAGAUUGUUAACUGUGGAACACUAGGUGUGCGGUGUUGCAACUGGUUCCCGAUCUGAGAAAAAAUGCAGCCAGUUAAUGUCGUCAACCGGUUCAAGAUGCCACCAGCCCCAGCCCCAGCCCCAGCAGCUUCUAACUGUACUUGGGCAGGCCUCAAGAUGCCACCGCUCGAGCCUCCGCUUAGUCGAAGUGCAGUCAGAAACUGGAACGGUUCAUCAUCCCAGCUCUCUCAGAAUGCGUACAUUAAUCUCUUGGCUGAGCUACACGAUCCUUGUGCUGCUGUUGGCCCUGCAUCAGGCACAGCCUGCCACGCUGGUGUACCAUCAGCCCACGGCGGUGGUCUAUCAUCAUCAGCCCGCCACGGGAGAGGAGCAGCAACAUCCUGGCUAUACCAUUGUGGCACCGCUGACGAAGAUCGCGCAUGUUACCUACGAUUCGGUGCCCAUUUCUCACACACCCUUCGAACAUGUGCCGCUCUUCCAGCGCAUUGGCCACGUGAAGAGCGUGCGGAUCUAGCGCUGGCGACGAUUAGGAUUAGUGUUCAAAUAAAGUGAAUUUACAAUUUA